AGCGUCCUGACACGUGGAUUACAUGCCGUGUGGAAGUAGAGAGUUGUUGUAAAGCGGUUGGUAAAUCAACGUAAAUUUAAUACGUUAAUAACUUACUUAGCCAACAUCUAAACGAUAAGCUGCAUUACUGUUACGAUGGCGAAGAGUCCACUUCUUCAGCCCGAGGCUUCUUCAGAGAAAAAGAAGUCAAAACAAGCCAUGAAAGACAAGAAGAAAAUGAAGAGGAAGAAGACAGAAUAUGAGGACUCUGAGACGUUUGUCCCUGCUGAUGAAGUUUCGGGGGUGAAGAAAAAGAAAGCUGACAUAAAUGACGUCACAACACUCGAAAGCAAGAAGAAAAAGAAGCAGAGGAAGACCAAAAGCAAGAGUUCAGAUGAGUUCACCUCUCCUGCAGAAGCUGAUCAGCCUGCAGAAGCACAGAUGAAUGAAGUGGAGGAAGAAGGGAUGGAGGGAGGGGAUGACCUGACGCCCGAGGAGAGACGAGUACUGGAGAGGAAGUUGAAGAAGAUUCGGCGAAAGGAGGAGAAAAAGAAUCAGAAAGAGAAGAGUGAAAAAGAGGAGCUCAAGACCAAUGUGGCCCAGAAACAGGCUCUGGAGUACCUCACAUGCUGGUCAGAGAAGCGGGAGGAAUGGAAAUUUCAGAAGACGAGGCAGGUGUGGUUACUGCAGCAUAUGUUUGACAGUGAGAAGGUGUCUGAUGCUCAUUUUGCAGUGUUGUUAUCAUAUCUGGAGGGUCUCAAGGGAGUUGCUCGAGAGACCACUGUGCAGAAAGCAGAGGCUCUGGUCCGUUGGGGUGGGCAGGAGGACACCGAGGGUGGAGCUGCAGAGGCAGAGAGGAGAGCACACAGAGCCAAAGAGGUCAUUCAGAUUCUCUCAUGAUCACCAGAUCAAACUCUUUGUGUCUGUCUGUUCCAUCACACGUAGUGCUGUGGACUCGCUACCUGUACGAUUUACACUCGAAACAUCUCACUCUGUUCAGAAUAACUUCAUGAGACAAGGAGAGUGCGAUAGAGCAGGAAACACAGAUCAGAGCCCCAGUGAUGUGGAUGAGAAUCAUAGACAAGUAAUAUGUCUGAACCUGUAAAUAUGUAUGACAUUAAAAUGUUUGUAUAAAAAAGGUA